AUGGAAAAUUUUUUUUUUCGGUACAUGAGCACUGUCGAGAUAGGCAAAGGCGAUUGGAUUUAUAGCAAGGGAUAUGUUGCAAAGGAAAGCAGUAUAUACGAUGAAUCCGGGACAAAAAGAUUCGAGAUUCCGUUUGUCCCAAAGCACUUUCAUGUCUUAACAUUCGAGUAUUUUUUAAUCGACGAGCUGGACACAAUACAUCUGGUUAAUAGGAGCACACUUGAGAUGGUAGAGGUCGGAAAGGUGAGUGAUGGAGUGGUUUUGGCCAGCAUAUCUGCGGACGAAAAAUGGUGCGUUGUUAUUUCCACCAGAGAAAUUCUUCUUUUCGACACAUACAUUGAUCUCAAGAAAUCAGCCAAGGUUGAAUUUGGCAGGGCCAUUCGGGUUGAAUGGGCCGACUAUGGGCUUUUUGCAGUACUAACCAACAAGAAAAUCCUCUUUUAUGACACAGAGCUUAAUCUAGUUGGGAGAAGUGAGGAGAGAGAAUAUACAAGUCUUUCCUGGAGAAGUAAGUACAACACAUUUGGAUGCUCAACAAGCGAAAGUGUCAGGUUUAUUGAGCCCAAUGGGCUUGAACAUGGAGAUCCGUUGAACGUGGGAUGCAGCGAACUGGCUUUUCUAGAAAACGAGGACUUACUAAUUACUGUCCAGCACAAUGCCGAGGGCUCCCUGCUUAAAGUGUUCUACACAAAGAAUUUUCGUUGGUAUCUGAAAGUUUCAAGGCAAAUACCUGGAAAGUUCCUAUGCACCGAAAAGAACACAGUCCUGUUCAGAGAUGGGGAAAGGAUAUUAAGAGUUUUUUUGUCUGAAGAGAAGACCCAUCAUGGCUCAGAGUACUAUGUUAUUGAUGGGAGCUACAUGCUUUACACAGACUUCUCAGAGAAGAUUCUUCCUCCCCCGCUCUUCUCCGUAAGAGUUGGGUUUGAUACCAAUAUUGUUGAUGUCUUCCCGGCAGAAAAGAAGGGAGCAAUUCUUCUGAGGGACAGAGCAAUUAUGUUCCGAUGGGAUGGAGAAGACUUUAUUAACGAAAGGACAUUCCUUUUGGAGGACGAAUUUGAUUCGAUUGUCUUAUUCGAUGGUUUUCUGGUUUUAAAGAGCGGGCAUGAGUUUCUUGUAAAAGAAGUGAAUGGAGAGGAGGAUACCUAUAUCACUAGAAAUGGAGAUGUGGAUGAAAGAAAGAAGAGAGGUACUGUAGGGACAAGAAGAACUAGCACCGUUGUCCAUCAACUGUGCCAAACGCUGAAAAGAUACGGAUGUGUCGGUGUUGUAAAACACUAUAACUUCGAAGAAAAGCUAUACUUGUUAUUAGGCAACGGGGUCAUUGUCUAUAGUGGCGAUCCAGUGCAUUCUGGGAUUGACAUAGCCCAGAGACUCGAGGUAUGUGUGAAAAAGAGCAUUUUUGUUCAUAACGGAACCAAGCUUUUCGUGGAUGGGGAUACCACAGAGAAUAUAAAUUCGUUCCUCGUUGGGGAGCAUGGGAUGAUUACCAUUUCGGAAGGGACGUGCAGGUUUUUCUUUGAGUCUAAACAAAGCGUUUGCCAGGUUGAUCACAAGCUGGAGCUUUUGUGCAUGGUAGACUUCAGGGUUAUUGGAGUAACGAGGCACGGCACACUCGAAACAUAUACCCCCAAGAUCUAUACAUUAGCAUUUGUAAAGAAGCUUCUGGCUGACAAGAAAUACAAAGACGCUAUAGACGGUUGCCAGAGAUACAUUGUCCCGUUCGGAGUCUUUUUGGACCACGAUAUCGAACUUGAGAAAUUUGUGACUGAAUGCAGGGAUGCACACCUUGUAUCAUUUUUCAGUGAGGCUCUCCAAAGACUUGGGGAUUUUGACUUUAUUCUUGAGAGUGAAAGGGCUAGAAGAUUUAGGAAAGUCUUCGAUCUCACUGCAGUCCUCGAACCCAAAGACACUAGAGAGCAUUUUGAAGAGUUGAUAGGCAAUGACGAAUCAAUAGACACAAAUUCCCUUGCACAUCUGAUUGGAUGGGGAAAUGGGAAGGGUCUCUUCAUGCGCCGGAAGCCUUACAGCAGGUGUUUAAAAAGCCUGCCAGAAGACGUAAAGAACCUGUGCGGGAGAAGGGCAAGGGACUUUUUCAACGAGUUUCUUUUAUCGCUGGACUUAAAAAGCAACUUCAAGUUUAUUAUUUCCUUAUUGGUGAAAGUAAAGAGAAUAGAUUUGGCGCUUCAGGUGGCAAGGCAUGACCUAAAAGCAGGAGUCGAACAUAUGCUGUCAAUAACCAAUACAAGCAGCAUUAUGAAUUCAGCUUUGGGAACAUGCAACGAAGAUCUGAUACGCGAGGUGAUGAAGAUCUGCCGGAAAGACUCGUCGGAUUUUCUUUCUUUGGUACGCAGGUACCGGGGAAGUCUGCAGAAAUUCAAGAUAAACGACUUUCUUGGGAAUAGAGUCGAUGCGCUUUAUCACAUAAGCAGGACAAAGAUGACCGAUGUAGAAAAAAAAUACAUCGAAAAGCAUGGACUUAUCGAUGAGGCGCUGAUGUAUGAAGCCUGUGGCUUGAGCACCAGGGAAAAGGGGUACUACUUUAACUUAUGUGCAGAGCUCCUUCCUUCUGACAAGGCGUUGGUUCUUUUCAGAAAAGCAGGAAACACAGAGAAGGCAUUGGAAACAGCCGUGGAGAAUCUAUACUGGAGGGAAGCCAUGGACCUCCAUGGCUCGGAGGGUCGUGAGGAAUUUUGUGAGCUUAUGGUGAGCAGGCUUGUCGAGUCUGAAAAGCAUUAUGAGGCAGGCCAAUUACUUGAGGAGUUUUUGGGAAAACCAGAAAGAGCUUUUGCCGAGUAUGUAAAAGCCAAAAGCAUGGGAGAUGCCCUUAGGGUAUGCUCAGAUGCAGAGUGCCUCAUGCAGGAGGCCCGCGAGAUUUUGAGAGAAAAACUCCUGACUCUCAAUGAUGUAAAGGAAUCGUUUGUGAAAUACAGGAACAGGUUGGAGGCUCUCGAGGAAAGAGAAGACGAGUGUAUGAGCGAGACAUCGUUCAGCUACACAGAAAACAUGGGAGGGGGUAGAAGCACGAGGAUUAAGAAUAGGCCAGGGGGCAGAUACGAAAGGGAGUUUGUGCUUAGUAGGAUCCGAGAUAUUGCGCUAAGUUUAGUGGGGUGGAGAAACGAGACAGAAGAUUUAGUGAGGAUAUUUAAGGAGUUUGGAAUGGAAGAGUGCACUAGAGCACAUAAUACUUCGUUUGAUGAGGUAGGAAGGGCUAUUAAGACCGAGAUUGACAGUAUAUUCGAGGUUGAGAGAAGGCUUCUCUAUGACCCAAACAGGCCGGUUGUAGAAAAGCCGGACUUGAGCAAAUGGCUUUGA